AUGGAAAACACGGAAUGUAAUAGUUGUGUAAAUGACGAAUUCUUACUGCAGUGUGUUGCCAAUUAUAAACCACUGUACGACAAAACAGACAAAGGAUAUAAAUCUAUUUUACAAAAAGAAAAUUGUUGGGCCUCUGUAGCCAAGAGUCUAUUUUGCACAGUUCCUGAAGCGAAAGCUCGAUUUAAAAGCUUUAGAGAGAAGUAUAGAAGGGAAUUGCAAAUAAUAGAAAAACUAGGAAGAAGUGGGGCUCCUGCUUCAGCAAGACCAGUUUGGCCCCUUAUGAGUUUUUUUAAAUACAUGUAUAAAUGCGGUGAAGAAUCCCAGAGGCAUACAACAUCAAACGUUCCUGUUCAAGUUGAUGAAUCACAAGCCAAUCAAUCAUCAAGUCUUGUUAAUUCAGAUGAAGAAAGCAUCAUACUUCAAUUUGAAGAGGAAGAUCCUAAUACAGUUGCAUCAACAAGCACUAUAGAUAAUAAACGCUUGAAUGCACCUACACCAAAGAAACGCAAAGGAAAAUCUACAAUGGAAACAGAUAUAAAACAAAUCGACAGUGUUCUGCUGGAUGUUUCUACAGCGAUUACAAAUUUAAAUAGUAAUAAAAAAGAUACUAACAGAAAUACUUAUAUCGACAUACAGAACACGGCAGUAAUUGAAAUGAUGCAGUUGGAGAGGAACGCAACAGUGUUCAGGAUUGCCCGAAAAAAUAUUGUCUUUAACGCUAGACUGAAUUUAGCCUGGGAUAAAUAG